AUGGCAGAAACUCAACAAAAACGCCUUAGAGAAGAAUCCCAUGUCUCAGAAAGUCUAGAGUUUGACGACUCAAACUCAAACUCAAAGCGCCAAAAGCCCUACACCAACAUACUCUCUCUUCUUGACGAAGAAGAGGAAGAGGAACAGCCAAGCCAAGACUUGUCCGCCAUAUUCACAACCCUUCAGCAAGAACUCUCCUCUUCCCCCAGCUCCGACUCCGCCGCAUAUGACUUCGACUAUACGUCGUUCACGGCGGCGGAGCAGGAGGGGACUCCCCACCAGCAACCCACCGCUGCCCCCUCCACAUCCGCCGUGUGUGCUGAUGAAGACGAGGGCGUAAAAUCAGUUAUGAGACAUCUCCUUGAAGCCUCGGAUGAUGAGCUUGGGAUCCCAAACACAGAGGAUAAUUGCAAUGUGGUAAUAAGCUCGGAUGAAAACUUUCCGUUUGCUUUUGCUGCUGAUGAUGGGCUUUGGGAAUUUGACGAUGUUGCCGCUAAUUACUAUACUAUGCUGCAGACGGAACUUUUUAUGUAG